CCAAGGGGCGGGGCCUUUGCCCGCGCAGCUCGAGCCGCUGUCCCCUUAUUUGGAUCUGCGGGAAUGUGGGCUGGAGCGGUGCUGCCGCCGCGGUACCAGCCUCCAGCGUGUCUCCGGGACUGCCCGUAAUCCAGGCGAGCUCGCUACUCGGUGGCAGGAGGGCCGGUGGGGCGCCAUGGCCUGCAUCCUGAAGAGAAAGUCUGUGAUUGCAGUGAGCUUCAUAGCAGCAUUUCUCCUCCUGCUGGUUGUGCGCCUUGUAAAUGAAGUGAAUUUUCCACUGUUACUAAACUGCCUUGGACAACCUGGUGCAAAAUGGAUACCAUUCUCCUACACAUCCAGGCGGCCCCUUCGAACUCACUAUGGAUACAUAAAUGUGAGAACUCAAGAGCCUUUGCAACUGGACUGUGACCUUUGUGCCAUAGUGUCAAAUUCAGGUCAGAUGAUUGGCCAGAAAGUGGGGAGUGAAAUAGAUCAAGCCUCAUGCAUUUGGAGAAUGAACAAUGCCCCCACCAAGGGCUAUGAAGAAGAUGUUGGCCACGCGACAAUGAUCCGUGUUGUGUCCCAUACCAGUGUUCCUCUUUUGCUAAAAAACCCCGAUUAUUUCUUCAAGGAGGCAAAUACCACUAUUUAUGUUAUUUGGGGUCCUUUCCGCAACAUGAGGAAAGACGGCAAUGGCAUCGUUUACAACAUGUUAAGAAAGACUGUUGCAAUCUAUCCGAAUGCCCAAAUUUAUGUGACUACAGAGAAGCGCAUGAGUUACUGUGAUGGAAUUUUUAAGAAGGAAACUGGGAAGGACAGAGUCCAGUCUGGUUCUUAUCUCAGCACUGGGUGGUUUACCUUCAUUCUGGCCAUGGAUGCCUGUUACAGCAUUCACGUCUAUGGGAUGAUAAAUGACACCUACUGCAAGACUGAAGGCUAUAGAAAAGUCCCCUACCAUUACUAUGAACAAGGAAGAGACGAGUGUGAUGAAUAUUUUCUCCAUGAACGUGCUCCAUAUGGGGGGCAUAGGUUCAUCACUGAAAAGAAUGUGUUUGCUAAAUGGGCCAAGAAACACAGUAUAAUAUUUACACACCCAAACUGGACAAUGUCUUGAUGUUGGUUUUUCUGUUUUUUUUUUUUUUCUUUUUGUUGGUCUACUUGACAUGAUCAUGAUACUGCAACUGUGAUGCUAAUGAUGGUGAUGACAAAGACAAAAGCAAAAAUGAUCAAGUUUCUGUUUAUUCUCAGAUAUGGAUGGGGAAUCUGACAGUAAUUUGAACCUGGGAUUCUGUGGAGGGUGGUUAUGCUCAUAAUGUUCUCUCUGAUGGUUCAGUCCUACACACUGCACUUUAUUAUUUAACUGGAAUUGAAUUGAAGGUCAGUGACAUGGCAGCAGUGACCUAGGGAAUGGGGAGAUGAUCCUUUAAGAUAGUUGUUCAGAAUUCUUGAACAUAGAAUAUCUUGCAAAAGUCCUGGGAUUUGACCUCAUGAAGAUAAGUUCUUAACUUGAUGGCCUCCUGAACAUGAGUAGCUACUACUAUCUUGAAGAAAGUCUGAUCAUUAAAUUUUGACCUGUCUGGGUGCAAGUAUCUUGCCUUAGCUACUAGUUACCCUGGGGACAAGGAAAGCAUCUCUUCUUCAGAUACUGCUUUUCUGCAGUAUUUUCUGCAGUUAAAAUGACAGACCAUUAUCUAAUUAGCAAUGAAAAUGUCAUGGAUGACCCAUCAGGAUUACUUGAUUAUCUCAAAUACUUAAUUCAACAUGAGCCAAAUAGUUUCUUGAUAAAUUUUCACUUUCAUCACUCCAUUCUUACUACCCAGACUACAUAAAGAUGUCACUAGAAUGAUCUGUAUUAAUGUUUGGUUAUUUUUGGUUGAAUGCUAAAUAGUUCAGGUUAUUUAACACAUGAGAUAUCAACACUGUAAUAACACAUACUGUGAAAACAUCCCUAAACCAUAGUGAAAAGGUUUUACUAACUCUGCUUUAACAUCCAACAACAAAAAGCAUAUACUUUUAAAAUCGUGAAACAGGGAAAGUAAAGCAUAUUUUUACAUCACUUUGUAGCCUACCAUACUUCAUAUUAUAUAUAUAUAUAUAUAUAUUUGUAUACUCAAAUUUAUAUUUUAUAGGCCUAAUUUGUGUCUCUCCAUAUAUUACAUUGUACUUUCCAAGUGUCAUCUGAUAAAUAUGGAGAAGAAAUCAUUCCUUAUAGUAAAUCUGCCAGAAUGUUUGCCUUCUUGGGGUUUAUGUUCCCCAGAGUGUGUCAAUUCAUUGUUAUAUCUAAUAUUAAUUACAAUGAAGAGUACUGCCUAGAUGUCCAAAGUGCUUUGUCAUUCAGAGUCUUUUCACAUUUGUUAUCCCAUGGGAUUCCCAUGACACCCCAUUGUGCUAUUGCCUCCACGUUCUGACAUCUCCUUAGCAAGGGAUCUGUAAUUUGUUAGUUGCUCUAGUCUAGUGCAGAUUGCCCUCCCCCCACUUAUAUUUGUUUAGAGUAGCAUUUAUAUAUCGAUAGAAUAGGAAGCAGUUGAUUUCAGUGCCAAAAACCAAAAAAUCAGGAUUAUGCAAAAAGGAUCACUAAGAUGGUCUUGGCCAUAGACUUGAACCCCUGUGGAAAUGGGAACUUUUUUUUUUUUUCCCCAAAGCACUCUUAGGUGGGGAAAGAAUAAGAUAGCACUCAUAACAGGAAGGAAUAAAAUCAGAGAAAUAGUUUCCUGGUCUCAUUUUGGAAUGAUGCUUUUGUCCAUAUUCUAAUUGAUAGUAGAUUUUGAAGGGAUGAUUUACUAAGAAAGUAGCUGAGUCCAAAAAUAUUAUUGAAAAUUAUUCAAAAGACCAAAGCAAGGCUUAAUUUACAUAUAGUUCUGGAGGCUAGGAUUGGUGAUGCAUUUGACUUCAAGGGCACUUAGCAGCUCUCUACAAGUCCUGUGAUUAGUCAUCACUAAAAUUGGUCAUCUUGGACAAAAACCUCAUUCCUACUCUCUUACCCAUUCAGUAUCCCAAUACUCAUAUCCAUAAGUGUGACCAAGUGCCACUUCCGCCACUGGAGUUGUUAAUUUUUUCUUUUGUUUUGUUCUUACCUGAUUCAGUUCUCGAUAUAUUUUUCUCAAGCAGAUGAAAAAUAAGAGUACCCACUCAAAGAAAAAGAAACAGAUACAUGUGUUAAAACUGUAAUGUACAUUGUCCCCUCCCUUUGUGAUACAAAAUUCUACAUUGAAAUAAAAAGGAACCUUUGAUUAUCAGAA